GGAAGUGUGUUUCAUUCCCUGGACGAAUAUCAGAAGGCUAAAGAAUAUUACGAGAAAGCACUUGCCAUCGCGAUAGAAAUUGGCGACAGAAAAGAAGAAGGAAAAAGCUGCAGGAACCUCGGAACUGUGUUUUGUUCCCUUAGCGAAUAUGAGAACGCUAAAGAGUAUCACGAGAAAGCACUUGCCAUCGCGAUAGAAAUUGGUGACAGAGAAGGAGAAGGAAUAGCAUACGCGAACCUCGGAAGUGUGUUUCAUUCCCUGGGCGAAUAUCAGAAGGCUAAAGAAUAUCAAGAGGAAGCACUUGCCAUCGCGAUAGAAAUUGGUGACAGAAAAGGAGAAGGAACAGCAUACGGGAACUUCGGAAAUGUGUUUCAUUCCCUUGGCGAUUAUCAGAAGGCUAAAGAAUAUCAAGAGAAAGCACUUGCCAUCAUGAUAGAAAUUGGCGACAGAAAAGAAGAAGGAACAGCAUACGGGAACCUCGGAAGUGUGUUUCAUUCCCUUGGCGAUUAUCAGAAGGCUAAAGAAUAUUGCGAGAAAGCACUUGCCAUUGCGAUAGAAAUUGGCGACAGAAAAGGAGAAGGAAAAAGCUGCGGGAACCUCGGAAGUGUGUUUCUUUCCCUUGGCGAAUAUCAGAAGGCUAAAGAAUAUCACGAGAAAGCACUUGCCAUCGCGAUAGAAAUUGGCGACAGAAAAGAAGAAGGAAGAAGCUGCGGGAACCUCGGGACUGUGUUUCGUUCCCUUGGCGAAUAUGAGAACGCUAAAGAAUAUCACGAGAAAGCACUUGCCAUCGCGAUAGAAAUUGGUGACAGAGAAGGAGAAGGAAUAGCAUACGCGAACCUCGGAAGUGUGUUUCAUUCCCUGGGCGAAUAUCAGAAGGCUAAAGAAUAUCAAGAGGAAGCACUUGCCAUCGCGAUAGAAAUUGGUGACAGAAAAGGAGAAGGAACAGCAUACGGGAACGUCGGAAAUGUGUUUCAUUCCCUUGGCGAAUAUCAGAAGGCUAAAGAAUAUCAAGAGAAAGCACUUGCCAUCAUGAUAGAAAUUGGCGACAGAAAAGAAGAAGGAACAGCAUACGGGAACCUCGGAAGUGUGUUUCAUUCCCUUGGCGAUUAUCAGAAGGCUAAAGAAUAUUGCGAGAAAGCACUUGCCAUCGCGAUAGAAAUUGGCAACAGAAAAAAAGAAGGAAUGAUAUACAACAACCUCGGAGCUGUGUUUCUUUCCCUUGGCGAAUAUCAGAAGGCUAAAGAAUAUUGCGAGAAAGCACUUGCCAUCAUGAUAGAAAUUGCCGACAGAGAAGAAGGAAUAAUAUACAACAACAUCGGAAGUGUGUUUUAUUCCCUUGGCGAAUAUCAGAAGGCUAAAGAAUAUCACGAGAAAGCACUUGCCAUCGCGAUAGAAAUUGGCAACAGAAAAGGAGAAGGAACAGCAUACGCGAACCUCGGAAGUGUGUUUCAUUCCCUGGGCGAAUAUCAGAAGGCUAAAGUAUAUCAAGAGAAAGCACUUGCCAUCAGGAUAGAAAUUGGCGACAGAAAAGGAGAAGGAACAGCAUACGGGAACCUCGGAAGUGUGUUUCGUUGCCUUGGCGGAAAUCAGAAGGCUAAAGAAUAUUUCGAGAAAGCACUUGCCAUCAGGAUAGAAAUUGGCGAAAGGGAAGAAGAAGGAACAGCAUACGGGAACCUCGGAAGUGUGUUUAUUUCCUUUGGCGAUUAUCAUAAGGCUAAAGAAUAUCACGAGAAAGCACUUGCCAUCGCGAUAGAAAUUGGCAACAGAAAAAAAGAAGGAAUGAUAUACAACAACCUCGGAGCUGUGUUUCUUUCCCUUGGCGAAUAUCAGAAGGCUAAAGAAUAUUGCGAGAAAGCACUUGCCAUCAUGAUAGAAAUUGGCGACAGAGAAGAAGGAAUAACAUACAACAACCUCGGAAGUGUGUUUUAUUCCCUUGGCGAAUAUCAGAAGGCUAAAGAAUAUCAAGAGAAAGCACUUGCCAUCGCGAUAGAAAUUGGCAACAGAAAAGGAGAAGGAACAGCAUACGAGAAACUCGAAAAUGUGUUUCUUUCCCCGGGCGAAUAUCAGAAGGCUAAAGAAUAUCACGAGAAAGCACUUGCCACCGUGAUAGAAAUUGGCAACAGAAAAGGAGAAGGAACAGCAUACGAGAACCUCGGAAGUGCGUUUCUUUCCCUUGGCGAAUAUCAGAAGGCUAAAGAAUAUUACGAGAAAGCACUUCCCAUCGCGAUAGAAAUUGGUGACAGAAAAGGAGAAGGAACAGCUUACAGGAACCUCGGAAGUGUGUUUCAUUCCCUGGACGAAUAUCAGAAGGCUAAAGAAUAUUACGAGAAAGCACUUGCCAUCGCGAUAGAAAUUGGUGACAGAAAAGGAGAAGGAUUAGCAUACACGAACCUCGGAAGUGUGUUUCAUUCCCUGGGCGAAUAUCAGAAGGCUAAAGAAUAUCAAGAGGAAGCACUUGCCAUCGCGAUAGAAAUUGGUGACAGAAAUGGAGAAGGAACAGCAUACGGGAACCUCGGAAAUGUGUUUCAUUCCCUUGGCGAUUAUCAGAAGGCUAAAGAAUAUCAAGAGAAAGCACUUGCCAUCAUGAUAGAAAUUGGCGACAGAAAAGAAGAAGGAACAGCAUACGGGAACCUCGGAAUUGUGUUUCAUUCCCUUGGCGAUUAUCAGAAGGCUAAAGAAUAUUGCGAGAAAGUACUUGCCAUUGCGAUAGAAAUUGGCGACAGAAAAGGAGAAGGAGAAAGCUGCGGGAACCUCGGAAGUGUGUUUCUUUCCCUUGGCGAAUAUCAGAAGGCUAAAGAAUAUCACGAGAAAGCACUUGCCAUCGCGAUAGAAAUUGGCGACAGAAAAGAAGAAGGAACAACAUACGGGAACCUCGGAAGUGUGUUUCAUUCCCUUGGCGAUUAUCAGAAGGCUAAAGAAUAUCACGAGAAAGCACUUGCCAUCAUGAUAGAAAUUGGCGAAAGGGAAGAAGAAGGAACAGCAUACGGGAACCUCGGAAGUGUGUUUCGUUCCCUGGGCGAUUAUCAGAAGGCUAAAGAAUAUCACGAGAAAGCACUUGCCAUCAUGAUAGAAAUUGGCGAAAGGGAAGAAGAAGGAACAGCAUACGGGAACCUCGGAAAUGUGUUUCAUUCCCUUGGCGAUUAUCAGAAGGCUAAAGAAUAUCACGAGAAAGCACUUGCCAUCAUGAUAAAAAUUGGCAACAGAAAAAAAGAAGGAAAAAUAUACAACAACCUCGGAAAUGUGUUUUAUUCCCUUGGCGAAUAUCAGAAGGCUAAAGAAUAUCACGAGAAAGCACUUGCCAUCACGAUAGAAAUUGGCGACAGAGAAGAAGAAGGAACAGCAUACAGGAACCUCGGAAGUGUGUUUCUUUCCCUUGGCGGAUAUCAGAAGGCUAAAGAAUAUAAAGAGAAAGCACUUACCAUCGCGAUAGAAAUUGGCGACAGAAAAGGAGAAGGAACAGCAUACGGGAACCUCGGAAGUGUGUUUCAUUCCCUGGGCGAAUAUCAGAAGGCUAAAGAAUAUAAAGAGAAAGCACUUGCCAUUGCGAUAGAAAUUGGCGACAGAAAAGGAGAAGGAAGAGCAUACGGGAACCUCGGAAAUGUGUUUUAUUCCCUUAGCGAAUAUCAGAAGGCUAAAGAAUAUUACGAGAAAGCACUUGCCAUCGUGAUAGAAAUUGGCGACAGAAAAGGAGAAGGAACAGUAUACGGGAACCUCGGAAAUGUGUUUCGUUCCCUGGGCGAAUAUCAGAAGGCUAAAGAAUAUUAAGAGAAAGCACUUGCCAUCGCGAUAGAAAUUGGCGACAGAAAAGGAGAAGGAACAAUAUACGGGAACCUCGGAAUAGUGUUUUGUUGGCUGAACGAAUAUCAGAGGGCUAAAGAAUAUUACGAGAAAGCACUUGCCAUCGCGAUAGAAAUUGGCGACGGUGUAAAAGAAGGAAGAAGCUACUUGAACUUCGGAAAGUUGAUUGAAUCCUUUGGCGAAGAUCAGAAGGCUAAAGAGUAUGGAGAGAAAGGGCUUGCCAUCGCAAUAAAAUUUGGCGACAGAAAAGGAGAAUGUCUCGCACGCCUCCUUCUUGGAACAAUUUACCAAAAACGUCAUCAAAAUCGGGCAGCUAAAGAACAUUUGGACAAAGCAGUCGGCAUCAGUAUAACACUUGGUGACAGAAUACUAGAGGCCUGUGCCACUGUAGGUUUGGCAGUUGUCUCUGCUUCUGUGAAUGACAGUCAGAAGGCAAAAGAGCAAUGUGAGAAGGUGCUUACAAUCACCAGAGAAUGUGACGAUAGAGAUUUAGAAGCUAUUGUUUACCUAAACCUUGGACUUGUAUUCCGAUUGUUUGGUGAAUAUGGCAAGGCAGCAGAUUAUGUAGAGAAAGCUUGUUCCAUAGGCAGCCAUAUUGGAGACAAAUUAAUUGAGUUUCACAGCCUUUGUAGUAUUACUUUGUUAAAGUUGUUACAGUCAGAGGAUGCGGAGGCAAUUGAAUAUCUUUUUCAAUGCAUUGGAAAAUAUGAACAAAUUCGAACUCUUCUGAAAGGAAACAGUGAACUUCAAAUGUCUUUGUUGGAGAAAUACGGUACUUUUCCCCACCAGUUAUUAACUGAUAUCCAUUGCAAUGCCGGAAAAUUUCGAGAUGCUCUCUAUGUUGAGGAGCUGGGACGAGCAAGAAUCCUCACAGAAUUCAUGGCAGACAAGUAUUUCGCUGAAAGUCACAUCUCAGCUGAUCCACGAUCAUGGUUCGGCAUUGAAAACGUCGUGAAAAGAGAAAGUAACUGUGUUUUUUUGUACAUUUCGUAUAGAGAUCGGCAAGUUCUUCUCUGGGUAUUGAAAACAAAUGGAGACAUUUUCUUUCGAAUCACAGACGAAAUGAAAGUAGACAAUCUUAUUGCUGAGCAAGUUUGCGAAGUAGAAGGAAUCUUCAAAAAGAGCGCCGCCUGCUUUGGUGUUUUACCGGAAGCGAACUGCGAAGACCGAUCGCUGGAUGACAACGUGACGACAUCUCUUCAUGAAGAGAGCCAAGCAAAUUUUCGAGGUGACGAAACCAAAGAUACCGGAAGAAGUCAUCAUUUGUGCUACGAAUGGAUCAUCGCACCUGUGGCAGAUUUACUAACAGAGCCCGAAAUCAUCAUUGUACCGGAUCGUUUUUCGUACCGAGUCCCAUUUGCUGCCUUGCGUGAUGGACCAGCCGGAAAGUAUUUAUCGGAGAAGUACAGAAUACGCAUCGUCCCUUCACUGACAACUCUCCGGCUAAUUCAAGAAUGUCCAGCAGACUAUCACAGUCAAACUGAUGCACUGGUUGCGGGUGAUCCUACGGUUGGCAAAGUGCAUUACAAUGGACGUCUCACUGAUAUUACACCAUUGUUCUGUGCAAAUAAGGAAGCAGAGAUAGUUGGUCAACUGCUGGGCGUUCAGCCUUUGUUAGGAAGUCGCGCAACAAAGCACGCGGUUCUUCAAGCAAUACCCUCAGUGAGUCUGAUACAUCUUGCCGCACAUGGAGAUGCCAAAAGAGGAGAGAUUGCUCUCUCUCCUGAACGUACUACUGACAGUAUUCCACAAGAGGAAGACUACCUCCUAACAAUGUCCGACAUUGAAGGAGUUCAAGUGCGAGCUAAACUGGUGGUACUCAGCUGUUGUCACAGUGGGCGUGGACUGAUUAAAAAGGAAGGAGUUAUUGGAAUCGCGCGAGCAUUCUUAGCAUCCGGUGCACGUUCAGUGUUGGUAGCAUCGUGGGCUGUAGAAGACAAAGCAACAGCGAACCUCAUGAAACAUUUCUAUAAACACCUUGUUCGUGGAGAAAGUGCCAGUGAAUCUCUUCACCAGGCUGUACAAUGGUUGAGAAGCAAUGGUUUCCCCAAACCUUUCCAAUGGGCUCCGUUUGUGCUGAUGGGGGAUAACGUGACAUUUGAUAUUAUGAAAAAAGGGUAA